GUGCAGAGUGCGCGCGGGUGCGCUGAGGAAAUUUGAGGUCUCAGUUCGAGUAGGAGCAGAUAGGAAGGAAGGAAGGCCGCCUACAACUUCAACCAAUACGACUACAUACCAACCCAGCGGACGAUCAGAUGCUCUUCUCCACAAGCCAACCGGACCACGUCGAGCCACCCAACCGGACAUCUCGCGCACAAUGCUGGACGGCCCGGGACGGAUACUUUGGAUGUCUCGAGCGGAACCAUCGGCAGCAGAGUGAACAACAGACAUCGGGGAAUAAGUACUACUUCGUGCCCGGAGAGGAGCCCAAACAGGUCUGCUCGACUGAGCGCGAGGCCUAUCAUUCUCUCUGUAUGAAGAGCUGGGUCGAACAUUUCAAUAAACGUAUCGUCAACGAACAGCGCUCCGUGGCCACUCAAGUCGGUCUCUCCAAAUCCCGCCAUCCUCCAUAGAGUCGAUCUUCUCCUUAGGAUCAAAACCCCCAUCAACACAUUUCAACUUUGUUAUUGUUAUUAUCACCAGUCCCUAAGCGGUCCGAUUGUCGAAUUUAAAAAAAAAAAACCGUAAUAAACAUUGACACCAUUCCUAGAACUUGUACACACGUCCUGCAUGUAUGUACUUCACAAACACCCUUAUAUCCUCGGAAAACAACCUUUGAAACCAUUGUCGAUCCGGUCGAGGUCUAAUCCUUACCAUCGACUGUCCUUUGUAGUGGGUCAGGUUGGCUUUUGUUGACCCAAUACGGAGAAUGUUUGCCGAGAAAUACAUGAAUGAAUGAAAGACGCUCGCUAGGAAACAUUCAACGGGGAUGAUGUAGACAGACACAUUUCCGUCUGAUGCCCCUU